CGCUGGACAGGGUGAUUCUUCUGUCACUUAACCAGUUUUCAGGGCUUAUGUUUCGUUAACCAUUAGCUCAGUUUAUAGGGUUCUUCUUCUUUUUGAUCAAUGGGUGAGGAUCAAAUGGAAAGGAAAUUCGCUUGGGUUUUGAAAAAGUUCUCUUCUUUGCAAGAUGAUGAAUACUACUCUCGCCCCUUCGCCGUCGCCGGCUGCAACUGGCGCCUUGUUACUUAUCCCAAGGGAGAGGGUGAUACUGAUGGUUACUUGUCAGUGUAUCUUGAACUUGUGGAUCCUGAGUCUUUGCCAUCUGGUUGGACAAGACAAGUUAACUUUACCCUCACCGUUGUGUCUAAGCGUAGUGGCCAAUCAAACAAAGUAUUAGGUGGUGGGCAAUGUUGUUUCAAUACAGAGGAUACGAGUUGGGGUCAUGAUAAGUUCAUUUCUCUUACCAAGCUUCAUUCCGAGGGUAGAGGAUUUCUGGUGGAAAACAAACUCACCAUCGUCGCUGAACUGCGUGUACUUCCAGAGGGAAAUGUGAGUAUUGCUGCCCCUCUUAGUCUCAGCAGCAAAGAUGAAACUCAAGCUGAUGAAAUAGCUGAGGAUGCGGAUGUAGUAGAUGAUGGCGCGUCUGAAGAGGCUACUUCUGACUGGGUUACAGAUAACGAUGGUUCUUUUGAAGAGGAUGUGGAAAAUGAUGAUGUUCCAUCUUCUUGUUUAGAUGACGGAGGUGGGGACAUGAGUCCUCUCGACCAAUCCAAUGCCUUUGAUGACGCUGAGUCUGAGGUUUUCAAUGAAUUUGACUUUUCUCCUUCUCAGGUAGAAUCAGUGAGACACAUAUUCAGAAGACACCCGGACAUAGCAAUAGGAUUCCGCCCAAGGAACAGACAGAUCAGAAGAGCUUACAUGAAUGAACUCCUUAGCCUCAUCGACAUGCUAUGCCAGUCACCAGAGAAGCUUUCCGAGGAUGAUCUGAGCGAUGCUGAUGACACACUUGCUGAUCUGAUUGAUGUCGGUUUUAGAUUAGAUUGGCUGAAGACAAAGCUGGACGAAGUCGCUGAAAAGAAGAAGAACGAACAGAGUAGUGGGGCGCGGUUACGAACAAUGGAGGAACAGUUGCGGAAGCUGAAGAUGAUGUUCUUGGAUCUUGAAACUCAGCUUCAGAUGGAAAAGAAUGAGGCUCUGGUGGCAAGGGCUCCUCUCUCCUUCAACGAUGUUGUGUCCUGAUUUGCGAGGAUUCUUGUAGAAUUGUAGGUGAAAAUCUUGAUGUCUUGAUUCAGACAAGUGUUUUCAGGUUCAUAUUUUAAUGUUCGGUUUUCUAAUCUGUUUGACUUCUUCAAAUUAACAAAAGGGUCCUUGUUGGCUUCAAGAUGAGUUACUUUGGGAGGCUCUUCCUGUAUAACCUCUUACUGUUGUUGCUAGAGCGUGAGAACUCAGACACUCUCUUAAUUGCUCUGUUUCUUAAGAGUUAGACUCUGUGGUACUUUUA